AUGGUUCCAGGUUUUUGCUGUUUGUGGCCUCAGGAGGAGGAGUUUCAGGUUGCAACUGGUCGAUUAUUAAAGAAAUGGCAUGGUCACUAUAGGCCUGUUACUUGCUUGGUCUUUUCUAAUGAUCAGUCACUUUUGAUUUCUGGAUCUGAGGAUGGAACUGUUAGAGUCUGGUCACUUUUGAUGAUAUUUGAUGAGGAAGGACAACAGAGAGCAGGACAUCUGUAUGAAUACAGUUUCACUGGUCAUGCUUUACCUAUAACUGACAUUGUCUCGGGCUUUGGAGGAUCCAAUGCAAUUAUCUUAUCUGCUUCUCUAGAUCGUACUUGCAAGGUAUGGAGCCUAACUAGAGGGACAUUGUUGAGAAAUAUUGUGUUCCCUUCAAUAAUUGAUGCAGUUGCAUUAGAUCCAGGGGAACAUGUUUUUUUAUGUUGGUGGGAGAGAUGGGAAAAUAUACAUUGCAGAACUCAAUGCUCAAGUCACAUCCAACAACAACAACAACAACAAAAACAACAACAACAACAACAACUAUGGUUUGCAUAUCAUUGGCAUAUGCAAACACUACUUCAAUAUUCAAACUGCCAACAUCUCCCCAGAAAAGCUACAAUAUGCAUGACAAGGCCUUUAUUACUGGUUACUGCAUCUGUUGACAAAAUGGUUCUCAAGAAAACAAUUAGUGUUGAUGGUGAUCUAAAAAUGGGUGGUUCUGUUGUAUGGGUAGAGCGAUCUUCCAUUGAUGUUCAACUUGGAGUCACUCAGCUAUCAAUCGAUGAAUUGAAGUGGCCUAGUACGGAUAGAAGCCAACGACUCCCAAGGGGUGCACCCAUGAGAACACCACCUGUCUUCGAGCAACCUCGGUUCAUGAAGCACAGCAGCAACUCCACAUCCACUGAGGUUGAUAUUAAGUCUAAACCAACCAAAAUAAAGGAGCCUAAUCUGGCUGGUAACCGUGGAUCCAAGGGUUCCUCUUCUAAGGGCUCUUCAGAAGGUGAAAACUCAGUUUCUAAGGACAAGAUGAGUGAGGAUCCAGAAAAUGAGAAACCAAAAUUAUUGAUCAGGCUUACUAGAGAAGAGAUUGAAGAAGAUUAUCUUGAAAUGACUGGAAAAAAGCUUCUAAGAAACAAGAUGAGGAGGGACUAUCUAGUGGUCCGAGCAAGUGCAUUUUAA